AUGGGCUUCGCCGAGCUGCGCCUAGGCUCGUACGUCCCACCAAUCCACUACUGGCACGGCAUCUCAGACGCCCUCCGCGCCCUCGCCGGCAACCCGGCCGUCAUCACAGCCGCCGUACCGCCCUCGGGCUCCAUUGAGGAACGCGCCGCGAAGCUGGGCGCCGACAUCGCCGCCAAAGCCCGCGGCCGCUCCGUCAAUAUCAUUGCCCACUCCAUGGGCGGGCUCGACGCGCGCUACAUGAUUUCUCAUCUCAAGCCCGCCGACGUGGACGUGAAGAGCCUCGUGACCGUCGCCACGCCGCACCGCGGGAGCGCGUUUGCCGACUUCCUCAUCAAUGGCCAGGGCCCUAUCAAGCUCGCCAACCUCUACGGCCUGAUUGAGCGCGCCGGGCUGGGCACCAAGGCGUUUGGCCAGUUGACGCGGGAGUACAUGGAGGGCGAGUUCAACCCCAAGACUCCGGACAGCGACAAGGUGAGGUACUUUAGCUACGGUGCAUGCACGAGCACGCCCCCGCUCCUCAGUCCGUUCCGGCAGAGCCAUCGCAUCCUGGAAGAGGUCGAGGGCGCCAACGACGGGUUGGUUAGCGUUGCGAGCAGCCAGUGGGGCGACUACAAGGGCACGCUGGUCGACGUUAGCCAUCUCGACCUGAUCAAUUGGUCCAACCGGGUGCGGUGGACGGUGAGGAAGGUCUUGAUGGGACAGACGCGGACCUUUAACGCUGUUGCAUUCUACCUAGAUAUUGCAGACAUGUUGGCCAAGGAGGGGCUGUGA